GUGAAACGGUAAGGCAUGGCAUCCGGCGAUCUGGUGGCUUUGGCUUCGGCUUUAGCGGUGGCCAGGUGUGCGAACCGGCCCAAGAAGAUGAGCAGGUGUUCCGCGACGUACACAACUCCAAGUGUGCAUUGUUGCCAGUAUAUGCAAGAAUGCAGAUAAUUUGCAAAAAUGAGAAACCCUCAACACCGCACUGGAGAGCCAACAUAAAAAUCGCAGAGGCGGAGGCUAUAUAUUUCUCGAAUCGAUCAC